GGAGCCGGCACCGGAAUAUGUUUGAUGCCAAAGCUCAGUACUGAACUAAUACCAACCAGUUGAAUUAAGUUGCAGAAUCUAGAGAGUGAGAAAUUCAGUUUUACAUUUUCAUGGCCAGCAAGCAGGGUUUACAAAUUUUUAUUUUUUCACCAGAAAUGCUCUUGUUGUGGAUUUUGUUGAUUCAAUGCAUUUCAUCAUCAAGAGGAGAUGUGGAUGCAACACCUACUAGGAUUAUGUCUAUAGCAAAUGAAAAUCGUCGACUGAGCAGCGAUUUUUACAGUAAGAGUUGCCCAAACGUCGAGAGGAUAGUUCACAAUGUAGUCUCCCAGAAACUUCUAGAAGCCCCAACUACUGCUGCUGGUGCUCUUAGACUCUUCUUCCAUGACUGUUUCGUCGAGGGGUGUGACGCGUCGGUUUUAAUAGCGUCUAGCAGCACAAACAAAGCCGAGAGAGAUGCAGAGAUAAACUUAUCGUUGCCUGGAGAUGGAUUCGACGUGUUCUUCAGAGCCAAAAGGGCAUUGGAGUUGCAAUGUCCUGGUAUUGUUUCUUGUGCAGAUGUCAUGGCCAUUGCCACAAGAGACUUGGUUAAUCUGGUCGGAGGUCCAAGAUGGGAAGUACAGAAAGGAAGAAGAGAUGGACUUUACUCAAAGGCUUCAAGAGUAGGAAACAACUUACCUCAAGUGAACCAAACAAUCACUCAACUUAUCAAUCUCUUCGAGUCGAAGGGAUUAACAGUCAUGGACAUGGUAGCCUUAUCUGGUGCACACACAAUAGGCUUAUCACAUUGUAAAGAAUACAUGAGCAGGAUUUACAGUUAUAAUAAGACAUUUGACAUUGAUCCAUCUAUGAACAAAGAUUAUGCUCAAUCCCUUAGAGGACCAUGUCCUAAUAAUCACAAGUUAGACCCUAAUGUUGUUUCCUUCAAUGAUAUUUCUACUCCUUUUAGAUUCGACAAUGCGUAUUACAACAACCUUAGAAAGGGGUUAGGCUUGCUGGAGACUGAUCAAAAGCUUUUCACAGAUUCAUUUACUCGUAAGUACGUGUUAUCCAUGGCAAAGAAUGAAGAGUUUUUCUUUAGCAAUUUUGUCUCUGCAAUGAUCAAGCUGGGCAGCAUUGGAGUGAAGGUUGGAACGGACGGAGAGGUCCGGCGUGAUUGCGGGUUUGUCAAUCCUUGAUACAGUUUUUUGUGUUCUAGCAUCUAAUUUAACUAAGCUAGCCAGUGUAGAAGAAAAAUUAAGAUUCAUUUAUUAUUAUGAUUUUUUUUUUAA